AGUAGCCAAUCGUCGAGCCGGUGUCGUGUUGGCGUGUCGGGAGCUCAUCGUUAGCCAGCCUAAAUCAUACGACCAUGGCGGUCGCUGACCAGCCCUGUUACACUCUGCUCAACAUACCGACAGACUCGGAGCCUCCCAAUGAGAUGCAACUGCGAAACGACCUGGAGAAGGGAGACAUGAAGACCAAGGCGGAGGCUCUGCGCAAGACGAUCCAGCUGAUGCUGAACGGCGAGAAGUACCCGUCUUUACUGAUGACCAUCAUCCGCUUCGUGCUGCCCUUACAAGACCACACCCUCAAGAAGCUGCUGCUCAUCUUCUGGGAGAUCGUCCCCAAGACGAGUCCCGACGGCAAGCUGCUGCAGGAGAUGAUUCUGGUUUGCGACGCCUACCGCAAGGACCUUCAGCACCCCAACGAGUUCAUCCGCGGCUCCACGCUGCGCUUCCUCUGCAAGCUGCGCGAGGCCGAGCUCCUCGAGCCGCUCAUGCCGGCCAUCCGCGCCUGCCUCGAGCACCGCCACUCCUAUGUGCGGCGCAACGCGGUCCUCGCCGUGUUCACCAUCUACAAGAGCUUCGACUUCCUCAUCCCCGAUGCGCCCGAACUGGUCGCCAACUUUCUGGAAGCCGAGCAGGACAUGUCCUGCAAACGCAAUGCGUUCAUGAUGCUCGUGCACGUGGACCAGGAGCGAGCUCUUGCCUACCUCGACUCCUGCCUUGAUCAAGUGCAGUCCUUUGGUGAUAUCCUGCAGCUGGUCAUCGUGGAGCUCAUCUACAAGGUAUGUCAUGCCAACCCGGCCGAAAGGUCACGCUUCAUCCGCUGCAUCUACAACCUGCUCAACUCCAGCAGCCCUGCUGUGCGGUACGAGGCUGCCGGAACCCUUGUCACUCUCUCGGCCGCACCCACCGCUAUCAAGGCAGCAGCUACCUGCUACAUUGAACUGAUUGUCAAGGAGAGUGACAACAAUGUCAAGCUGAUUGUGCUGGACAGGCUGAUAGCACUACGAGAGACGCAGGAGCGCAUCCUGCAGGAGCUGGCCAUGGACGUACUCAGAGUUCUCGCCGCCUCUGACCUGGAAGUUCGCCGCAAAACGCUCGCCUUGGCCCUGGACCUUGUGUCAUCACGGAAUGUUGAAGAGAUGGUGCUGGUUCUGCGAAAGGAAGUUGCUAAGACGCACAAUACAGCCGAGCACGAGGACACCGGUCGUUACCGGCAGCUCCUCGUUCGAACCCUGCACUCUUGCUGUGUCCGUUUCCCCGAUGCUGCCCCCACUGUCAUUCCUGUGCUCAUGGAGUUCCUGUCAGAUAACAAUGAACAGGCAGCAGCCGACGUGCUUGCAUUCGUGCGCGAAGCCGUGCAGCGCUUUGAGCAGCUGCGGCCCCUUGUGGUGGCGAGGCUGCUCGAGGUGUUUAGCUCCAUCAAGUCGUCGCGUAUCCACCGUGGCGCCCUCUGGCUCCUGGGCGAGUAUUGUGCAAGUGUCGAUGACAUCCGCGCCUGCCUCGAUGAGGUGCGGCAGGCAUUGGGAGAGCUGCCGCUUGUCGAGUCGGAGCUCCGCAAGUCGACACCCGAUGCCUCUGCUUCGGAACCGUCCCAGGCGGCUCCACCAACCACGGGCGGUUCGCAGCGGCUGGUGACAGCUGAUGGCACCUACGCCACCCAGAGCGCCUUCAGCACUGCACCUACAACCGCCACCCAAGCGUCAUGCCCACCACUGCGAGGCUACCUCAUGGAAGGUGAAUUCUUUGUCGGGGCAGCCAUGGCAUCCGACCUGACCAAGCUUGCUGUCCGCUACCUCAGUCUUGUCAAGGAGCCACGCAAACAAAAUGCCUUUGUUGCAGAAUGCAUGCUGGUCAUGACGUCGGUGCUGCACCUGGGCCGUUCAGGGCUACCCUCAAAGGCGAUAAACGAUGACGACGCAGACCGCAUCUGCCUCUGCCUGAAGAUGCUGUCUGACCGAUCGCCCACACUGCGAUCUGUCUUUGGCCACGAGUGUCGCCAGGCCCUGUCUGCUAUGCUGGCCGCCAAGGCUGAGGAAGAAGCCGAGACCCAGAAGGCCAAGCAAACCAAGGGCAUCACAGUCCACGCAGACGACCCAAUUUGCUUCGGGCAGCUGGCUGCUAAAGGAAGUCUGGCUGGCACAGAGAACAUGUUUGAGGUCAGCCUGCAUGCAGCAGUGGCCAGCAGCCGGAACGAAGACCUGCUUUCGGCCUCCAAGCUGUCCAAGGUGACCCAGCUGACGGGCUUCUCGGACCCAGUGUACGCCGAGGCAUAUGUGCACGUCAAUCAGUACGACAUUGCGCUCGACGUGCUUGUGGUCAACCAAACAGCCGACACCCUGCAGAGCUGCACUCUCGAGCUGGCCACAUUGGGCGACCUGCGCCUCGUCGAGAAGCCAACACCUGUUGUGCUGGCACCCCAUGACUUCUGCAACAUCCGCGCCACUGUCAAGGUGGCCUCCACCGAAAAUGGCAUCAUCUUCGGUAACAUUGUGUACGACGUAAGUGGGUCCGCAAGCGACCGCAAUGUUGUGGUCCUGAACGACAUCCACAUUGACAUCAUGGACUACAUCGUGCCGGCCUCAUGCACAGAUACCGAGUUCCGCCAGAUGUGGGCUGAGUUUGAGUGGGAGAACAAGGUGUCCGUGAAUACGACGCUGUGUGACCUGCCUGCCUAUCUGCAGCACCUCAUCCGGUCAACUAACAUGAAGUGCCUGACGCCAGAGAAAGCAUUGUCGGGUGAGUGUGGUUUCAUGGCAGCCAACCUGUACGCACGGUCCAUCUUUGGUGAGGAUGCUCUGGCUAAUGUGAGCAUCGAAAAGAACCCAAACACCGCUGAGGCACCUGUCGUGGGACACAUUCGCAUCCGUGCAAAGAGCCAGGGUAUGGCACUAAGUCUGGGCGACAAGAUCAACAGCACCCAGAAGUCGUCGCCCAAAGUUGGUGCCUGAACCAAUUAAAACUGGCCUGCCAAUCUCGUGGCCCGGUUGUCUUGUGGCACAGACGCGUGCCAGCCCUAGAGCCUGCUUGAAAAACCCAGAGCCAAUCACUGCCUCCAGUCGACCGGAGGUGGACUGAUCCAUUUCAAGCAUGUUUCAGGCAUUGACUUCAGAGUCUAGCCGACUUUACACUUUACCGGUAACAGCCGUGCUUAGAGAAAGUCACCUGUACACACCGUUAUCUCUCUGUGGGAUGUAAUUUUUUCAAGGAACCCAGGUGUAUCAUUAAAAAGCUUUGCUAGUGCA